AUGAAGAGAGUAAGGGAUGAGGCUCCUCCAAAGAAAACGGUUGAAUUUGAAGAAGCUAUUAGUUUUGUGAACAAGAUAAAGAAACGAUUCCAAAGUGAUGAGCAUGUUUACAAAUCGUUCUUGAACAUUUCCAAUAUGUACCGCAAAGAGCAUAAGGACAUAGGUGAAAUUUAUAGUGAGGUUGCUACCCUGUUUAAGGAUCAUCGAGAUUUGCUUGAGGAGUUCACUAGAUUCUUACCAGAUAGUUUCACAGCACCUUCUACACAGCAUGCUCCGGAUGCUCGAAAUUCAUUGCAGCGCUUUAGUGAGCGGAGUUCUAUGGCACCCAUGAUGCGGCAAAUGCAAGUAUAUCGACGAAAGAGGCUUCCUUCUCAUGAUCGUGAGCGUGAUCUGAGUGUUGAACACCCUGAGAUGGAUGAUGACAACACAAUGAUGAACAUGCACAAGAAGUGGAGGAAACGUGAGAGUAAGGAUAUAAGGAUUAAUCGUGAUCAGGAUGAGAGAGAACCUGAUCAUAUAAAUGCUCAACAAUUCCUUGCUGGUGUCAUGAGUAAAAAGUCACUAAGAUCAUCAAAGUUGGAGGACAAAGACAAAGACAAAGAGCAGAAGCGUGAGAUGGAUGGAGCUAAAGAGAAGGAAAGAUACAGGGAGAAGGAGUACAUGGGAAAAUCCAUUCAAGAACUUGACCUCAGUGACUGUAAACGUUGCACUCCCAGCUACCGGCUUCUACCUGCUGAUUAUCCAAUUCCUACAGCUAGUCAGAGAUCUGAGCUUGGUGCUCAAGUAUUGAAUGAUCACUGGGUAUCUGUGAGUUCAGGAAGUGAGGAUUACUCUUCCGAACAUAUGUGCAGGAAUCAGUACGAAGAGAGCUUGUUCAGAUGUGAAGAUGACAGAUUUGAGCUGGACAUGUUAUUAGAGUCUGUGAGUUCUGCAGCUAAACGUGCAGAGGAAUUAUAUAAUAACAUGAAUGAAAAUAAGAUCAAUAUGGAGACUCUGAACCGUAUUGAAGAUUACUUUACUGUUCAAAAUUUAAGGUGCAUUGAACGUCUAUAUGGUGACCAUGGUCUUGACGUUAUAGACAUAUUGCGUAAAAACCCAACUCGUGCGCUCCCUGUAAUAUUGACUCGACUGAAGCAGAAACAGGAGGAAUGGAGUCGGUGUCGUUCAGAUUUCAAUAAAGUUUGGGCUGAAAUUUAUUCUAAAAAUCACUUAAAGUGA